CGGCUCAACGGUCCCUGCGCGAACCCCGCCUGUGCCCACAGUCCCUGCUCCCUCCUCCGACCUUGAGAGCCGGCGCCCAGCGUCCACAAUGGGGAAUGAGGCCAGUUACCCGGAGGAAAUGUGCUCCCAGUUUGACCAUGAUGAAAUUAAAAGGCUGAGCAAGAGGUUUAAGAAGCUGGACUUGGACAAUUCGGGCUCUCUGAGCGUGGAUGAGUUCCUGUCGCUGCCCCAGCUGCAGCGGAAUCCGUUGGCGAAGAGAGUGAUUGACGUCUUCGACACCGACGGCAAUGGCGUAGUGGACUUCAAGGAAUUCAUCGUGGGGACCUCCCAGUUCAGUGUCAAGGGCAGCGAGGAGCAGAAGCUAAGGUUUGCUUUCAGCAUCUACGACAUGGACAAAGACGGCUACAUUUCCAACGGAGAGCUCUUCCAGGUGCUGAAGUUGAUGGUGGGGGACGACACCCUGACAGACUGGGAGUUACAGGAGGUCGUCGACAAAACCAUCAUCUGCCUGGAUACAGACGGCGAUGGGAAAAUAUCCUACGAGGAAUUCAGCGCUGUGGUCCGAGGCCUGGAGAUCCACAAGAACUUGGUGGUGGCUGUGUGAGCUGUUUUUUUAAAGAGCACCACCCAACAACAACUUUUUCUUUCUCCUCUCUCUCUUUCAAGAAUAGCUCAAGAUGACCAGCAACUGUCACUCUGACUUACUCGGAAGUAUUUUCUCUUUGGAAAGCCAAAUUUGCUAACAUAAACCUCAUGACCAACUCUGUUCCUAAUUAUCCUUCUCUCAGUGACUCAGGGUAGUACCCUGAGUGGCAGAGAACAGGUGAAGGAGCAUGGUGGGGAAAGAAAUGGCUUUUAUAAACGUCUCUUUCUUUGUUGAGAUUCAGAGACCAAACUAUAAAGAGUCAACAAGAACUUUAGAAGUUCAAAAACAAGAAAAUAUACAUCUUUGCCUUUACCUCUCAUGGUUUUAUAUGUGGGAGAAAAUUAUAGAGUUCAAAUCAA